CAUUUUUCAUUGAACUAUUAUUAAAAGUAUUAAGCUGAUUUUUUUCUUAAAAUUCCAGAAGAACUUGCGACCUAUUAUAAUUUUUUUACAAUGGCGCAAUUUUCUUGUGCGCUUGUUAUAGGUUGCAUAGGUUUAUUUUUUUCUGUGUAUUUUAUUGGAGCUGAGGAACCAUUUCAAUGCCGCAUUCUGUAUGAGUUUAAUGGGACGUCAGGUGACAUUUACAGUCCUUUUUACAAGGAAGGAAGCUAUCCUCUUGGACUAUGGUGUGAGUACAGAAUUACAGCUCCAGUUGGAUACCGUUUGAAGCUUACUUUCGUAGAUGUAGACAUUUAUCCAUACGACUUCUGCGCCGAGGCUGCUCUUAUUGUUUAUGCCAAUGAGCAGGAAUAUGUGAUCACGAAGAUAUGUGGAAAAGACAAACCGAGUCCAAUCAUUACAGAGCCUGGUGUAAACGUAGUGAGACUUCUUUUCACAACAGAAUUCAUUGGAUUUGGAAAAGGUUUUCAUUUGCGUUAUGAAGCAGCACCAUCAUUUGAAAAGUGCCCUCCGGAACACAGCGAAUGCCACAACAGGGAAUGUUACGAUGCUUCAAUCCAUAAAUGCGAUGGAAAAGACGAUUGUGGAGACGGAACAGAUGAAGAAGGAUGCAAUUUACCAUUAGCAAAAGUUGAGUGUGGCAAACCUCCGAUUGAGCCAGAGGCCAUGUUUCCUGAUAGAAUAAUCGGUGGACAAGAGGUCAUUCCGGGUAGUUGGCCGUGGCAGAUAUCCAUGCAAAGUCGAAACUUGUCUUUCAAUUCCCAUUCGUGCGGUGGCUCUUUAAUCAAUGCCCAAUGGGUUCUUACAGCUGCUCACUGCUUUAAAGGGAGUACAGUAGCAGCUAACUGGAAAGUCCAUAUAGGCAAGCAUCACAAAUAUUUUACAGACCCUCAAGAACAGAUUCGCUAUGUUGAGAGAAUAAUUAUAUGGCCUGACAAAACUGGUGAUCAAAUUAAUGGCAAAUUAGACAUUAUGAAUGACGUUGCACUGAUGAAGCUAAAUGCACCGGUAACAUUUACAAAUUACGUAAGACCUGCUUGCUUACCUGCAUCAGGAUUUGAUGUUCCUGCAGAUACGAAAUGCUAUGUGACCGGAUGGGGUCAGACUAGGGGUACUGGAUUCAAUCAUGUCUUGAAGCAGACAUAUGUUUCAGUACUCUCAAGAUAUGACUGCGGCUACGAUGAGAAGAGCCAGAUAUGCGUGAAAAAUAAAGAGAUGAAAUCUUCAACUUGCCAUGGAGACAGUGGAGGACCUUUAUCGUGCAAACUCGGAGAUCGCUGGUACGUGAUGGGUGCGACAAGUUACGGCACUUUAACCAAUUUGCAAACUGGUUUGUGCGCAAUGCCGGAACAGCAGACAAUUUUCAUGAAGGUUUCAGACAAAGUAGACUGGAUAGAGAAAACUAUUAAUCUAUAUAGUUGAUUGCACUGUUGUCAUUCAAAAUAAAAGAAAAUUUUGUGAGCCUCA